CAUGGCGUAAAGUCUCGUUAAAGGUGAGCUGCUUGUAUUUCCUUGUAAUAUGUAAGUAUCAUUGCUGAUUUUGUGUUGCCCAUCGGACAUGCACAUCUCAUAAGUCGGACCUCAGAAACGCGAUUCUUCCAACAGCCGAGUAUCGCAUGUGCUCAGUCCUGAAGACACGGGGAUUACGAAUGCGGCGAGCACAGAUUCUAUCUGUUGGUUACUUAUUACCAAUGUUAUCAUGCAUGUAUGGGGUCCCCAAGCCGGGGCCAAGUAACGUCCGAUAUCAAGCGAAUGGCAAAGUUGUAGUUUCACCGAAACCCAUAUCACUGCAUUGUCUCUGCGCCUAUCAUCCUAACCCGCUGUCCGUGGAACAAAACUACCAAGUCAGAAAGAAGUCUACCCUUGAAGGUACUCAAAGCAGUGCUCUGUGCACUGAGUCUGGUCUCCUGGGUUCGUUGGGAUGCCGGUCACCCACAUUGCGCACUACAGCUGCUCCAUUGGAAAAUGUGUUGAGAACAUGUCCGCAUUCCUUUCGGAGCAGACUCGGAUACGGCUCCUUUCUGGUCUCGGUCUUCUUGUUCUUUACCUGAUUGCGAACAUGAUGUUUUAUGAUCGAAGAUGCCGUGGCAACCGAACGCCUUUCAUCAACCUCGCUCACACUGGCCGACUUGGGCAUGCCCGCGCCUAUGUACCGCUCGAUGUUCUGGCCACGUAGCCUACAGGGAUGUUCAUAUACUUUAUAGUUCUUCUUGUUAUGGCUAGCUGCGAGGCCAUGGAACAUGCGAUACAUAUUGAGUAGUCUGGCGAAUGCAUAUACGCUCUGGAUGGUUUCUGGACUUUGCC